AUGUAGCAACAUUACCCUUAACCACUUACACCACAAGCAUAUCAUUAACCUCAGAGACAUACCUCCAAUUCUCCUCACCAAAGAGUUGUUCCUCCUUUACCUCUUACACCCACCCACUCUCAACCCAAACAAUACUACGACCAAGGUGAUAAAGACAACCAUUACUCAGCAGAUAUGAGACUUUAAAAUAGGCAGUCCAGCAAUCUCCCCAAUGGAUAAUCUUACGAAAAUAUGGCCUUAAGACUCUCAGCUUUGGAGAGAGAGAAUUAGAGUCUCAAGAAAUAACUGGAGAAUGCCAAUAAUCAAAUUCAAGUCUUGAGCCAAAAACUGAAUCAGCAUCCAACUCAAAGUCUACUUAAAACAACUACCUUCGAGCUUGUUGUUCUUCAAAAAGCAGUAGAAUAAUUAGAAAGUUUGAAGAGUUUAUUAGCAAAAAAAAAGUUGUAAGGAAGUAAUAAUUAAACUGCUCUCCCUGAGUCUUUCAAAGAUGUGGCCAGUGAAUUUAAGAGCAAAGUUACAUUAGUGGAAGAUAGAGCCAAUCAAUCAGUCUAAUUAUCUUAGGUAUUUAUAUAUUCCAUUAUCAAAGGCUAAGCUAUUAUUCCCAAAGGAACACUUAAUCUAAAAUUACUAAUCCAAUCCAACCUGUAAAGAAGAAGCUAAGGAAGAACCAAGAUAGGCAAGGAGAAUAUUGGCAAAUACCUAAUCUGAUCAAGUUGAAGACAGAAUUAAAACUAGUCCAAUAAAAUAUCUAAAUGUUAAAGCUUGUGGCAAUUAGAUGUCUUUGAGGAUAUCUCCUAAGGGAAGGUCAGAAGUAUCAUAGUGCUGA